CAUUUUUACCCCUAUGAAAUUUAUCAGCACAAAACCCAUCAUUUUUCCCCAAUUUCGCCAGAAACUGUCGUCUUCUUCACUAUCGGCGAUACUCCAACGAAUUCAGCAUGCUGGCCGACCACCAAGGUACCGGGUUAUUUUCUACAAUUGGAAGACAGUUCGACCAACCCACCUUGGUUCUACCGACUUUCGGACAACCAGCGAGGCGUCGAUUUUUUCUUCGUCUGGAAGCCCUAGUUCUGCCGACAUUGUAGCAGUCGCCGUCGACGACGAGUACGGCGCGCGACAGUGUUUGAGCAAUUCAAAGCACCUGCAACGAACGUUCUUAUCAAGUCGAAGCAUGAGAGCUGCAGCCAUUGUGUUUCUAGAAAGAAGGGCCUUUGGAGCAAUACGUCGAACAUUUGGGAUACCUUUUCUGCUCCACAGAGAUUUUCGGCCCACUCUCAGUUUUUGCACUCUAACAUCACAAGACGGCACCUUAAAUCAUGCAAGAGAAAUUUCGUUGGAAUCUGGAGAAGAAACAGCACAAGGAGAAGCAAAUAGCCUAAGCUUGAGGAUUGAGAAAUUAGGGAAAGGUGAGUCGGUGGCCACCGCCUUCCAGAGCUGGAUGGGCGAUGGGCUACCCAUCCACGGUGGCGAUAUUUUUCACACUAUCAACCGUUUGCGCCGCCUCAAGUCCAGUAAGCGGGCCCUUGAGGUAAUGGAGUGGGUCAUAAGGGAGAGACCUUACAGACCAAAAGAACUGGACUACUCUUACCUACUUGAGUUCACCAUGAAGCACCACGGUGUUUCACAUGGCGAGACCCUUUUCUCCCGAAUCCCAUCUGAAUUCCAAAACGGGCUUCUCUAUAACAACCUAGUGCUCGGCUGCUUAGACAGAGGCCUCAUAACUCUCUCUCGGGCUUACAUGAGGAGAAUGAGGGAAUUGGGCCACCCUAUAUCAUACCUGGUUUUCAACCGCUUGAUACUUCUCCAUUCCUCCCCGAGCCGCCGCAAAUCAAUCCCCAAAAUCUUGACUCAGAUGAAAGCCGAUAAAGUCAUCCCUCAUCCCUCCACAUACAACAUCUUGUUAAAGAUGGAGGCUGACAAGCAUAAUAUCGAGGGCUUGGUUAGAGUCUUUGGCGACAUGAAACGGGCCUCGGUCGAACCGAAUGAGAUCACGUACUGCAUCAUGGCCGUUUCUCAUGCCGUCGCCAGGCUGUACAUUGCGUGCGGGUCCUACACCGAAAAAAUCGAGAAGUCAAUGACGGGUCGUAACUGGUCAACUCUGGACAUUCUCGUGAUGCUGUACGGUUACCUAAGGAGUGAGAAGGAGCUUGAGAAGACAUGGGCUCGAAUUCGAGGUCUGCCGCAUGUCAGGAGCAAGAGUUAUGUGCUGGCAAUCGAGGCCUUUGGAAGAGCCGGAAAUUACAGUCGAGCAGAGGAGAUAUGGCUUCAGAUGGAAUCGGAAAAGGGAUUAAAAUCGACCGAGCAGUUUAAUUCAAUGAUUGGUGUUCACUGCAGGAAUGGGCUUGUUACAAGAGCCACUGGGUUGUAUAGAGACAUGGAGAAAAAAAUGUGCAAGCCAAAUUCCAUCACGUUCAGGCAUCUCGCGCUCGGCUGUUUGCGGGCCGGGCUUGUGAAAGAAGGCGUUAGGACGCUUGAAUUGGGGAUGGGAUUCGAGACGAGCGAUAAAGUCAAAAGGUCAACCCCUUGGUUAGAGACCACGUACUUGAUUCUAGAGAUGCUUGCGGAUUGUGGUGACAUGGAUAAUGUCGAGAGACUGUUUGAGGAAUUGAAGAGAGGCCAGAUGCUGAGACGUAUAGUUUAAUGAAGCUGAUAGAACAGUUCCGCUCAGGGUAAUUUCGGGUUUUGUGAAGAAAUGUGCUUGCGAUAUGGGUUUUUGUGUCACUUCUUUAUUUCAAUGCAAACACGAAGAACUAUAUUUGGACCAAUAAAGCAGCCAACAGGAUGUGUCAGAGUGCCGGUGGAAUAUGGAGGAGUAACAGGUGAACUGAUAUAUACCAAACGUGUCCCAGAUGAAAAUUCUGAUGGCCAUAAUGCUGUAUAGUUCCUAUUUAGUAAUACACCAGAGAAAGAUGACUAUCUUGGCCAUUACAACAUGGAAAUGCAAAAAUCGUAGCUAGCCCAGUGUGUGGAGUCUCUUUGUAAUGCCCGGAUAUGGAUACGGGAUUUUUGUGACAUUUCUUCUAAUUGCAGGAUUCAAGAGCGAACGUGAAAAAUGAGGGGAAAUGGGAAGUUGGAAUUCUCACCAGAAGCAGAACUAGCAGCAUUUCAAAGAGAGGUGCAAUCUCAAAAACAACAGUUCCAGAUUUUCCCACCGCGUAGAACUCGAAAGUGGACUUACACAGGGACUAUCGGGAAUGCUGGCGCACUAAGCUAUCUUCACUUGCUCGACCACGAGCCACCUAAAGUGCAGUCUCCUGAUGAAACUCCUAGGCACAGAAGCUUGUCUCCAAUGAGGCAAAACAGGAUUGGACAAAUGAUGGUUAAAGAGGAGCCAUAUCUAAUUGCACCACCAGGCUUCACAGCUCCAAUCUCUUCUCCAAAAGCUGGCAAAUUGUCUACUAAAAGGGAAGUGGAAAAACCACGCAGAAGUCCAAGCUUUGAUUGGACGUACACUGGACCUGUCGCUAACUCGACUGCACCAUUGCUCGACUUAGACCCACCAGCUUCACCUAAAGCUCCGUUUCCCGACCCGCGGCCCAACCCGUUCCAUCCGACUAGCCCGGCCCGAACCCGAUCUCGCUCGCCAAACCCUUUCCCCAUGCAAAAGGUACAGACUCGAGUGGAAACUUCUAGGCCCCAAAACCGGAUGGGACGAAUUUCGAUCCAGGCGCCAUUUCCCGACCCAGAGCCCAACCCGUUCUAUCCGACAAGCCCGGCCCGAACCCGAUCUCGCUCGCCAAACCCUUUCCCCAUGCAAAAGGUACAGACCCGAGCGGAAACUUCUAGGACCCAAAACCGGAUGGGACAAAUUUCGGCUCAGUUUUCCAGCCCAAAGCCCAACUCGUUCCAUCCUUCAAGCCCGUCCCAAACCCGUACCCGAUCUCGCUCGCCAAACCCUUUCCUCACCACAUCACACCUCCCGAACAACAACAUCCCCCGAAAGCCUCGUUCGGGCCCAAAGCAGAAUCCAGCAGCAGAGAACAAAAAGCCCGGUGGACCGUAUCCAAAGCCCGGGCCCAACCCAAAACCGGUCGACGAGCUGUUCUGCCAGCUGUGCCAGGCGAGCUGCUCGAGCGCCCGCACCAUGAGCCAGCACCUGAACGGGCGGGCCCACAAGGCCAAGCUGAAGUGGGUGCAGAUGAAGAAGAGCUCGGCAGUGGGAAGAAACUUCCGGAAGCCCCCGACUUGCGAGGUGUGCGGAAUCUGGUGCUCCGACGGGUACGCGCUUAACAUGCACCUGCGGGGGAAGAAGCAUGAGGCCAAGGUGAAAGAGUUGGAGGGUAAAAACAGGAAUUUUGUCGAUAAGAGGCCGAUAAAGUGCGAGCUUUGUGGGAUCGACUGUAUGAAUGCGGAUAACUUUGCGAUGCAUCUCAAGGGGCGGGCCCACGCCCGUCGCAUGGGGAGGGCGUGA